AUGGCAAGCACAACUGUCAAUUUGCAAAGUGAUCUUUCUCAUCUGCACGAGGUGACUCCGCAAAUUCUGAAAACUCUGGGUAAAAUUGGCCCACAGAAUAUAUCUGAGAUAAAGUUUGCCGUUGGAAGAUCUGUACAAGGCUGCUACCUCCGUCUUGACUUUUUGCCUGUUCCAGUUAUAAGCGUAGAAAUGCCACCGAUAAGAUACGCGGAAAUCGGGGUCUCGUGCUGCGGUGACUUUCGAAAUUCCGAUGACACUUUGACGACAUCCAGCAUUCACUAUGAAGAAAACGGAAGCAAAUGCGAUAUCUCCAUACAAACUGGCCGACCAUAUGUUCCGAAAUAA